AUGGGUCUGGACGGCGGGACGGUCAUCUCGCGCACGGACGUCCUCCGCGGCGCGUCGUGGGACCUCGCGCAGGCGGACGCGUCCACGUCCACGCGCGGCGGGCAGCUCAGCUCGCAUCGGCGGCACGGCGCCUCGCGCGCGCUGCCGCCGUCGGUCGUCCGCGAGACGCGAUGGCGCGUUUGCGCGCUCUCUGGCGCGCCGCUGUCUCCCGCGCGCGGCGUCGUCGCGUGCGCGCUCGGGAGGCUGUACGACCGCGAGACCGCGCUGACGCACGUUUUGACGAGGCACGGCGUGUUCACGUCCGAGGAGGCGACGUACGCGUACGCGAACCGGCUCAACAGCUCGGGCGCGAUCGGCGACGCGUCGCAUCUCCGCGCGCGCUCGGACUUUUUCGAGGUGCGCCUCGCGAGAGCCGCGGACGCGACGGAGGAGACGCCCGAGUUUGAGUGCCCGGCGACGGGCGCGCGGUGCGGGCGCUCGGCGGUCGCGUUCGUCGCGCUGCGGCCGUGCGGGCACGUGGUGUCGGAGAAGGCGGCGAGAGAGGCGGCGAAGGCGGCGGCGGUGGGGGGAGGAGGAGGAGGAGGAGGAGAAUCAGAAUCGCCGCCGACGCCGCCGACGUGCCCGGCGUGCGAGGUGCCCUUCGACCCGGCGCACUCGCUCCCGAUCCACGGCACGGAGGCGCAGGUGGAGAAGCUCCGCGACGCGAUGGACCGACGGCACGCGGCGGAGGACGACGCGAAGGCGCGGAGGAAGGGCAGGCGCGAGGCUAAGAGACGCAAACGGACGACGGAGUCGGAGAGCGCGUGCGGCUGA